AGAGUAGCCAAGAGUAGCUAUUGGUGACUAUGUAGCCAGCCUUGGCUGCUGGUAGCAUAGAGUUUGCCUUUUAAUGCUACGAAGUAGUAUUAAUACAAAUUAAAAUGCUUUCAAGUAUUAGAAACGUGAGUUAUAUAUUAGUAAGUGCGCUACGAAAGGCAAAUGCAAGAAAUCUGCAAACUACAUAUUGUGCCCUGAGUGACAGUUUAUUUGUGCACAGAGACACAAAAGACAACAAUCCCGAUGUACACUUUGAAUUUACACCAGAGAAUUUGAAGCGUGCAGAAGCCAUCAUGGCUAUAUAUCCAGAGGGACACAAAAGGGCAGCAGUUAUUCCUCUCCUUGACUUGGCUCAGAGACAACAUGGAUGGCUUCCAAUUACCGCAAUGCACAAAGUGGCCGAAAUCCUCGAUAUGCCCAGGAUGCGAGUGUAUGAAGUCGCAACUUUCUACACCAUGUUCAACAGAAACCCAACAGGCAAAUACCACGUGCAGGUAUGUACCACAACUCCAUGCUGGCUCAGAGGUUCAGAUGACAUCAUGAACUGCAUCAAGAAAAAGCUGAAUAUUAAGCCAGGAGAGAUAAGUGCUGACGGACUGUUCUCUCUGUCCGAAGUGGAAUGUCUUGGAGCUUGUGUCAAUGCCCCAAUGAUUCAAGUCAAUGAUGACUAUUUUGAGGAUUUGACAGUGAAAGAUACUGAAGAAAUCCUGGAAGACUUGAAGAAUGACAGAGUACCCAAAGCAGGUCCAAGAAGUGGACGCUUUGCAUCUGAACCAUCAGGUGGGCUGACUAGUCUAAAGGGAGAACCACCAGGACCAGGGUUUGGUGUGCGAUCAGAUCUGUAAUAAACAGAAUGUGUUAGUUUCAAUAAAAAUUGUGAUGUUA